AAUUUGGAAUAUGGUUUAAAAAAAGAAGGAUUAUUAACUUUCGUAAGAGAAUUGGACGGAAACGAUGACGAAUCUUACGACAAUUAUCUAAGAGAUGCUAGUAUGUAUGCUAGAGUAGUUAUUCUGAGCGUAAGGGGAGUUUUGGUAAGAAAAUUUAUGCUCGUCGCACAUGAUCUCGGUAUGACAAAAGGUGAUUGGACUUUUCUCGAUGUCGAAAUCUUCAAGGGUGCUUAUUGGGGCGAUCACGAUUGGGAAGCCGGCGAUAAAAACGAUUCAAAAGCACGAAAAGCAUUCGAAGCACUCCUCCGCGUAUCCCUUUUACAACCGACGAGUGAUAAAUUUCAAGAUUUCGCCGAUCGCGUGAAGGAACGCGCCCAACUCGAUUAUAACUACACCAUCAGCGAAGGCGAAGAGGUGAAUUUCGUGAUCGGAGCUUUCUACGAUGGUGUGUAUUUACUUGGAAUGGCUCUAAACGAAACGAUCACCGAGGGUGAAGAUAUUAGAGACGGACUGGCAAUCACCAGACGGAUGUGGAACCGAGAUUUUCACGGUAUAACAGGUCACGUUAGGAUUGAUGAUAAUGGAGAUAGAGACGCUGAUUAUUCAAUUUUGGAUUUGGAUCCAAUCACUGGAAAAUUCGAGGUUGUCGCCCAUUACAAAGGAUUACAUCGCCAAUAUUCUCAAGUUCCUGGACAAAAAAUACAUUGGCCCGGUGGAAUUGAAGAACCCCCUCCGGAUAUCCCUAAAUGUGGUUUCUUAGGAAAUCAUCCAGAUUGCAAAGAUAACGAAUCGUACGUUAUGAUUCUUUAUGGAUGCUUCGCAGUGGGAGUUUUCACUGCUUUUACAUUAACUUUAGUGUGCAUAACGUAUAAACACAUGCGUUUAGCGGCUGAUUUAAAUAAUAUGCGAUGGAAAAUUCGUCCUGAAGAGGUAUUAUUAGAAGUAGGAAAAGCUUUCGGUUCAAAAACAGGUCUCCAGAAAAUCACCGAAGUCGAUUUUUAUACCUCAUUUGGAUUAAGAAGUGGAAGAGCAUCGAUAACAUCUUACAACUCUUUAUUACCAUCGCAAGUUUUUACCACUGUUGGGAUUUAUAAAGGAAGUCGAGUGGCGAUUAAGAAGAUAACGAAGAAAAAAGUUGAUAUUAACAAAAAACUUUUAUGGGAAAUUAAGCAGGUUAGAGAUGUUACGCAUGAAAAUACGGUGCGGUUUAUAGGAGCGUGUAUCGAAUGUCCAACCGUGCUUAUCUUAACCGAAUAUUGUCCCAAGGGGAGUUUAAAAGACGUACUGGAAAAUGAGGCAAUCCAAUUGGAUUGGAAUUUCAGGAUGUCGCUGAUCCACGACGUGGUUAAGGGGAUGAGUUACCUACACAAUUCCGAAGUAUCUGUCCACGGGAAAUUGCGUUCGUGCAAUUGCUUAAUCGACGGUCGUUUCGUCCUGAAAAUAUCGGACUUCGGCCUAACGACGCUUACUACUCCUUCGGAAAUCGUCAAGGAUUCCAGUUACUAUUUAAAAUUACUUUGGGUUGCCCCAGAACUUCUACCACUAACAGUAGUUCCAGGUUCUCCAGCAACUCAAAAAG